AUGCUGGGAGCGGCGCUGGCGCUGGCGCUCUGCGCGCUGCAGCUCUGCCCGGCCGCGCUCGGCGGGUCGCAGCCGCAGGUGCUGGUGGAGCGGAGCGGGUCCCGGAGGCUGGGCAAGGUUGGUGGCUUUGCUUGGGAGAACUGCGGUGAUGGGAAGGACCCCGUGGUGCUGCAGAGCCUCUCUGUGGCACCCGACCCCAUCAGCAUCCCGGGGAGCCUGCGUGUCAGCGCGGCCGUCAGCAGCAGCAAGGCCAUGGCCUCUCCUCUGAAGGCGGUGCUGGUGGUGGAGAAGGCACUGGGUGACCUCUGGAUCCAGCUGCCCUGCAUUGACCAGCUGGGCAGCUGCACCUACAACGAUGUCUGCACCAUCCUCGACAACCUCAUCCCGCCCGGCACGACCUGUCCGGAGCCCCUGCUUACCUAUGGCAUCCCCUGCCACUGCCCCUUCAAAGCGGGCUCCUACUCCCUGCCAGCUAGUGACUUCGUCCUGCCCGACGUGGAGCUGCCUGCCUGGAUGACCAACGGCAACUACCGCGUCCGGGCGGCUGUCAGCAAUGGCGGGGAGGAGCUCGCCUGUGUCAAGCUGUCUUUCUCCCUGCAGUCCCAGUGAGGGGCGGGGGACCGUCCCUCUUCUCCCCACCACCUUGGUCCCCUGUCUGAUCCCAUCCAGUUGCACCUCAUUUCGUCCCACCCUGUCUCUGUGAGGUGCAUCCCUCUCUCCCACUGCCAGGAGGAGGCAGCCCCCGUACCCCAGCUCAGUGCCCCCCUCCCCUGCUACAGACAGAAAGGCCCCUCCAGCUGUCCCGCUGUCCCUAAUCCCAUCACCAGGAUGUCCCCUGCCCUGGACAGGGUGGCCAUGGAGCUAACCCCAGCCUUUCAGCAUGACCUGGGGGUAGUUGUUUUUUACGUAGUUUCUCUUUUUUUUUUCUUAAUCCCACCCAGGAAAUUUUAGACAAAAACAUUCCAGGGAAAAGCAAUAUUUCUUGGAGCAGUCCAUGGGGAGGAGGGAGCAUUUGGGAGUGCUGGGGGUAGGCUGGAGGGACGCAGGAUUAGCUGCAGAGGGUGUCCUCGCUUGCCCCCACCACCUCUGGCUGAAGCACUAGGCUGUUUUGCAGAAGUGUCCCAAAGUGACCACAGGAGACCUGUCCCCCCAUGGCAGCUCUGGGUCUGCCUUUGGCGCAUCCCUAUCCUACACGUGGGACCAGCUCUGUGACACGAGGCACCGGUGAGGGCACCUCCCUGUGUCCCUGCUGCGACAAACAUCACAAGCACAACAGGACUGAAAACCACCCAAACCCCCAAUGGAUGUUCCCGCUCACGAAGGACCAAGUGGCUGGUGCUGCUCCCAGCAGGAGGAGAGGUGGCUGGACAUGGGCUGUGCUCGCUCUGGGGGGACCCACGGCUGUGACGGGCAGCUGGGGCACAGCCUGGCCGAGGAUAAGUCCCACUCAUCUCAUUUUGCCACUGGGACUGAGCCGAGGCAGGGUGCGGCACUGGGACCAUCCUUCCCAUGCACUGGCAGAGGCACCCCCACCACGUGGAGCAGCAUCCCAGACAUGGGGUGGACUGGGAGAUGACCAUGAAGACCAGUAGCCGGGUUUCUAUUUGGGGGCCCUGCAGCCCAUCUCCUGGUUGUGGCUGGGGGCUGAGGCGUAGACAGGCAGCAUCCUUCCUGCCUGCAGCUCCAGGCAGGGCGUGUGUCUGACAUCACCCACCUAUGCCAAGUCCGCGCAGGGCAGAGGUACAGGUGAGCCACCAGCCACCCGCAUCCCUCGCUCCCUUGCUGUCCCUGCCUGCUUA